CUCUUUAGGUAAUCAGUGUUGUGUGACCUUCCGACAUCAAAAAAGCAGCAUGGUUUGCCUAUUAAUCCCCAUACCCAAACCCCAUUUCAACUCACACCCCUCUUCAACACCACCACAAAAUGACCACCUCACCGGAAUUCGAGCAUCCGAUCAAGGCCUACGGUUAUGCCGCCCGCGACACGUCUGGAAUACUUUCCCCUCUCACCUUCUCCAGAAGGGCUACCGGGGAUAAAGAUGUUAGGUUCAAAGUUCUUUACUGUGGAAUCUGUCAUUCCGAUCUUCACUUUGUCAGGAACGAUUGGCGGUCUACCAGCUACCCAGCAAUCCCAGGGCAUGAGAUUGUGGGUGUGGUGACAGAAGUAGGAAGCAAUGUGGAGAAAUUCAAGAUUGGAGACAAAGUUGGGGUUGGGUGCUUGCUGGGAUCAUGCAGAUCAUGCCAAAGUUGUGCUUCUGACUAUGAACAGUAUUGUCUUAAGCCGGUAUUUCCUUUUGGUGUCCCCAACUUUGAUGGUACACAGACGUACGGUGGGUACUCCGAUCACAUGGUUUCAGAUGAGCAUUUCGUCCUCCGUUGGCCUGAGAAUUUGCCACUAGAUUCCGGUGCACCCUUGCUAUGUGCCGGAAUUACUACUUAUAGUUCUCUCAGAUACUUUGGAUUGGACAAACCUGGUACGAAAGUGGGUGUGGUUGGUCUCGGUGGGCUCGGUCAUGUUGCUGUGAAGAUGGCUAAGGCUUUCGGGGCGGAAGUUACUGUUUUUAGCACCACCUCUGCUAAGGAGCAAGAUGCAAUUGAUGGACUUAAAGCCGACCAUUUUAUAAACAGUAAAGACCAACAUCAAAUGGAGGCUGCUAGGGGUAGGCUCGAUGGCAUCAUCGAUACAGUGUCCGGAGAUCAUCCGAUUGCACCAUUGCUUAAUGCACUUACGCCCCAUGGAAAGCUUGUUCUUGUUGGUGCACCCGAGUCACCACUUGAAGUAGCCGCAUUUUCUUUGAUCAUGGGGAGGAAGACUAUUGCUGGUAGUAUUAUUGGUGGAAUUAAAGAGACUCAAGAGAUGCUUGAUUUUGCAGCAGAGCAUGGGAUAAUUGCUGAUAUAGAGAUUAUCCCGAUAGACUACGUGAACACAGCGAUGAAGAGGCUGUUGAAAUCUGAUGUAAGGUAUCGAUUUGUGAUCGAUGUAGGCAAUUCUAUUAAGGCUGAAUAGGUUGACUAUUGAAGCCCUUAAUGAAUGUUCUAUUUCUCGUAAUAGUUUUAUAUAUUUUUGACAAUGUUGUUACAAGGAAUUGAGAGUCUGAGGUUAAGGUUGUAUGCAUUUGUUUAAUUGUUUUGGAAGGAA